UCAAAGAAGAUCAACAUAAGAGUAUGAAAAGUCUACCAAGACUUUUAAACUAUCUGUUUCAAGCUGUCAACUAAUACAGUUAUGUUCAACCGUCUCGAGAUAUUCAUAAUUGAAUCAUAGGCCACUGCAAUUUGCAGAUUUCAAUUGUUGACACUAAUAUAAUAGUAGCACAUUGUGUUUACCAUUGGAAUUUCUAAAAAUUGCAUGCUUCUGUCCCUCUUAAUCUUCAGAAACAUCCAAGGACCUGUGCCAAAAACUUUGGAAAUGUUGUACCAUGAAAGACGUCAAAAACAAUGUUUGGAUGAGGAGGACAAAGAGUAGAUUCUAAUAAGCAUAGAAAUUUUCUCCAUCUUGAAGUUGAAAAAGCUUGAUGCCUUUAAAUGCUGGUCAUGCCUUGCAUAUAGUGUAAGAACAAACACCAUGGCAAGAAUAAUGAGAAGUAGCUGGGUAAGUCUCCUAGUACUAUAUCUAGUGUCAACAAAUUUGAUGAACUCUUUGGAGGCUCAGCUUAUGUCACCAGGAUCUGCACCUGCACCUGAAGGACCAGCACAAGCACCACAAGGUCCGGCACCAGCACCUGAAGGCCCGGCCUCAGCACCUGCACCUGAAGGCCCAGCAUCAGCACCUGCACCCGUAUCUCCAGCAGCAACACCUGAAGGUCCGGCAUCAGCACCUGCACCUAUAUCUCCAGCACCAACACCAAAAGCUCCAGCACCAACACCUAAAUCAUCUCCAGCACCAGCUCCUCCUGCUCACACUACACCAGUGCCAGCACCUGCAAGUCCAGGGGGUGGAGGAGGCUCAUCUGGUCUGAGUGGUGGACAAAAGGCAGGAAUAGUAAUAGGAGUGCUGUUGGGAGCAGCUCUGAUAGGAUUUGGAGGGUUGGUUUACAAAAAGCGCCAAAGCAAUAUCAGAAGAAGCCGAUAUAGCAAUGCAGCACAGGACUUCAAUCUUUGAAUUGGCUAGUAUAUAUCUUGGUUCUUCUGUUAUUCUUUUUUUUUAUGUAAGGUCAUUUUUUUUUUAAUGGUUUAAUAAGAACUGAGGUAGAAGCCUUGUUCAGAGUUGCAUGGACAUUAUGGAUAAUCAGUUUUAACUUUGUUCUUUAGAUUGAGAAUCUGAAAGUAUGCAGUAUAAAAGUACGAA